CCCCGGGAGGAUGGACUGAUCGAGCCGCGCCAUGGAGUCUCCGGUCCUCGCACGAGCCCUGUGUCUGCUGCUCGGCCUCGGCGCAGUCUGGGGGCUUGGCGUGGACCCCUCCCUGCAGAUCGACGUCUUCGCGGAGUUGGGACUCGGCGAGGCCACGGGCGGGGUGCGCCAGGUGCCCGGGCUGCACAAUGGCACGAAAGCGUUUCUCUUCCAAGAUACUCCUAGAAGUAUAAAAGCAUCUACUGUUACAGCUGAAAAGUUUUUUCAGAAGCUGAGAAAUAAACAUGAGUUCACUAUUUUGGUGACCCUAAAGCAAACCCACUUAAAUUCGGGAGUUAUUUUCUCCAUUCACCACUUGGACCACAGGUACUUGGAACUGGAAAGCAGUGGCCAUCGGAAUGAAGUCAGACUGCAUUACCGCUCCGGCAGUCACCACCCACACACAGAAGUGUUCCCUUACAUUUUGGCUGAUGACAAGUGGCACAAGCUCUCUUUAGCCAUCAGUGCCUCCCAUUUAAUCUUAUAUAUUGACUGUAAUAAAAUAUAUGAAAGAGUGGCAGAAAAACCCUCCACAGAACUGCCUCAGGGCACAACAUUUUGGCUGGGACAAAGAAAUAAUGCCCAUGGAUAUUUUAAGGGCAUAAUGCAGGAUGUACAAUUACUUGUGAUGCCCCAAGGAUUUAUUGUCCAGUGUCCAGAUCUUAAUCGCACCUGUCCAACUUGCAAUGACUUCCAUGGACUUGUGCAGAAAAUCAUGGAACUGCAGGACAUUUUAGCCAAAACAUCUGCCAAGCUGUCUCGAGCUGAGCAACGAAUGAAUAGAUUGGAUCAGUGCUAUUGUGAAAGAACUUGCACCAUGAAGGGAGUCACCUACCGAGAAUUUGAGUCCUGGACAGAUGGCUGUAAGAACUGCACAUGCCUGAAUGGAACCGUUCAGUGUGAAACUCUGGCCUGUCCCCCUCCCGACUGCCCUGCUAGGUCGGCUGCUGCAUACGUGGACGGCAAGUGCUGUAAGGAGUGCAAAUCAAUUUGCCAAUUUCAAGGACGAACCUACUUUGAAGGAGAAAGAAACACAGUUUAUUCUUCUUCUGGAGUAUGCGUUCUCUAUGAAUGCAAGGACCAGACCAUGAAGUUGGUUGAGAGCUCGGGUUGUCCCGCUUUGGAUUGCCCCGAGUCUCAUCAGAUAACCUUGUCUCACAGCUGUUGCAAAGUUUGUAAAGGCUAUGACUUUUGUGCUGAGAGGCAUAACUGCAUGGAGAAUUCUGUCUGCAGAAAUCUGAAUGACAGAGCUGUUUGUAGCUGUCGAGAUGGUUUCCGGGCUCUUCGGGAGGACAGCGCCUACUGUGAAGAUAUUGAUGAGUGUGCAGAAGGACGCCAUUACUGCCGUGAGAAUACCAUGUGUGUCAACACACCAGGGUCCUUCAUGUGUAUCUGCAAAACUGGAUACAUAAGAAUUGAUGAUUACUCAUGUACAGAACAUGACGAAUGUGUCACAAAUCAGCACAGCUGUGAUGACAAUGCUCUCUGCUUCAACACUGUCGGAGGCCACAGUUGUAUCUGCAAGCCGGGCUACACCGGGAACGGAACGACAUGCAAAGCAUUUUGCAAAGACGGCUGUCGGAAUGGAGGAGCUUGCAUUGCUGCAAACGUGUGUGCCUGUCCGCAGGGCUUCACCGGGCCCAGCUGUGAAACAGAUAUCGAUGAAUGCUCGGAUGGAUUUGUUCAGUGUGAUAGCCGUGCUAAUUGCAUUAACCUCCCAGGAUGGUACCACUGUGAGUGUAGAGAUGGCUACCAUGACAAUGGGAUGUUUUCAUUAAGUGGAGAAUCCUGCGAAGAUAUCGAUGAGUGUGGAACUGGGAGGCAUAGCUGUGCCAAUGAUACUAUUUGCUUUAACUUGGAUGGUGGAUAUGAUUGCCGAUGUCCUCAUGGAAAGAACUGCACAGGGGACUGCAUCCAUGAUGGAAAAAUUAAGCACAGUGGUCAGAUUUGGGUAUUGGAAAAUGACCGAUGUUCUGUAUGCUCAUGUCAGAACGGAUUUGUGAUGUGUCGCCGGAUGGUCUGUGACUGUGAGAAUCCUACCGUGGAUCUCUUCUGCUGCCCCGAGUGUGACCCGAGGCUCAGCAGUCAGUGCCUCCAUCAAAAUGGUGAAACUCUGUACAAUAGCGGUGACAACUGGGUCCAGAAUUGCCAACAGUGCCGCUGCUUGCAAGGGGAAGUUGACUGCUGGCCCCUGCCUUGUCCAGAGGUGGAGUGCGAAUUCAGUGUUCUCCCAGAAAACGAGUGCUGUCCUCGCUGCGUCACUGAUCCCUGCCAGGCUGACACGAUCCGCAAUGACAUCACCAAAACUUGCCUGGAUGAGAUGAAUGUGGUUCGCUUCACUGGGUCCUCGUGGAUCAAACGUGGCACUGAGUGUACUCUCUGCCAGUGCAAGAAUGGACACACCUGCUGUUCCGUGGAUCCGCAGUGCCUUCAGGAACUGUGAUGAGAACUGUCUCCUGGAAUGUUUUUCUUUAAGAAGUUUCUUUUGUUUAAAAGACUCCCCCCCAAAAAUGUUAAAACUUAAAUCUUUUAAGUUUUAAGUUAAAAGUUACAAAAAAAAUGUUAAAACUUAAAUUUGGAGAAGCUGAGUUCAGCUUUGUUAAUAGCUGAAUGAACUUUCAAUUAUAAAAUUUGUGGAGCUUGAGAAACCAUAAAAGGAAAAUUCUUGGGGAAAAACUAGACCAGAACUCUGCUCUACUUUGUCUGACCUUACCUUGUAGAGGAACAUGUGCGUCGCACACAUAAUGACAUCUGGACAUAAGGCCCGAGCCCGUUAGCAGUUGCAAGGCUCCUGCUUCUUUGGUGCAGAAAAAAUUUUCUUCUUAUCAGAAUCUUCAUGAAUCAGUUAGGUUUCUCAAAACAAAAAUGCAAGGCAGUGAAAGAAUUAUAUUUUCAGAAACAAAGCAAGAAGCUAUAAUGUGUUCUGUACAGUAUACAUACUGAAAAAGAAAUCUGAAACAAGUUACUGUAAUGAUAAAAAUAAUGCACAGGCAUGGUUACUUAAUCUUUUCUAACAGGAAAAAACGCCCCCAUUUCCGUGUUUUGCUGCACUUAAUAUUAUUUGGUUGAAUUUGUUCAGUAUAAGCUUGUUCUUGUGCAAAACGAAAUAAAUAUUUCUCUUACCUUAUAACA